AAAACAAUCAAUGCAAAAGAGAAUAUUAGUAGGACAAAGCGCUCGUCAGUACUAACAAAAUGAUCCCAGAUGCAGAGCAAGAGACUACCUGAUCGCUAUUUUAAAUGUAGACGAUGAGUCAAACGUGGGGUAGAAGUUCGAACUUGGGCUGUGUUGAUUUGUGGCGAGGCUGCGAGGCUACCAAACGAGGCUAGCGACGACAUAGCCAUCCAUCCCCAGUUUCAGGCCGAACUAGACCAUAGUAAGAUGUGUCAUGGCUCAUAUCGACUCACAACAUCUGCAAGGUCCAACUUUAUGAAAUGCCUCCGCGGCGACAUGUGACGUUGGCACUCAUCGCCAUCGUGGCGUUCAUCGCUUUCUCAUUCCUCCUCUCAAGUGGGGGUCAACAGCGUGCGGCUUUUGAUACGAGUAUCGUCCCCAGCGACAGUGUGCUCCAUGGCGUCGCAACGGCGCCAAAACUCGAGAAUGCAACAGUAAAAGCCGAACUGGGCAAUGCAGCCUGGAAGCUGCUCCACACCAUGAUGGCGAAAUUCCCGGACCAGCCGACGGAAGAAGACAGCACGUCGCUCAAAUCCUUUGUCUAUCUCUUUGCACGACUAUACCCAUGUGGUGAAUGUGCACGGCAUUUCCAGCUCUUGUUAGAGAAGUACCCGCCGCAGGUGCGGACGCGGUCGAGCGCAGCGACGUGGGCGUGCCAUGUACAUAACGAGGUGAAUACUCGUCUGGAGAAGGAACUGUUCGACUGCUCCAAGAUCGGGGAUUUCUACGACUGUGGAUGCGGUGGGGAUGACGAUGAAAAGGCGGUGGCAACGACAAAGCCCAAAGUUGGGUCGGGCAGUUUUACGCCGCUGAAGCUGGAGAAGGAUGGAGGGCUUACUCGAGGGGGUUGAGACUAAAGUAGUCGUCCAGGAUAUCUAUUUGAAUCCGGACAAUCCAUAGCGUGUGAACCAAGUUUGUUCCGCGUAAUGUGUAUAUAUAUUUACGUGGGCGAAGGAUGCAUGUACAUUAAAGGGGUAUCAGCAGGCUGGCUCUGACAAGGAAAAACCUUACAAUAACAUGGAUGCUCGUCAUUCCUCUGUAAAACUAUCACCUAUAUUUCUACACAAAAGCCAGUCCCCCCACCCCCCAACAAGCACACUUCAAAAAAUCCCGCUGCAAGUAACAACUUUCAUCCCUUUUUCACACCCCCAUCUAGAAAGCCAACUCCUUCUUGAUCUCCGCAAUCGCCAAACCCGG